AUGAUCAUAGUCGUGCUAUUGUCAGCGCUCCUGCUAAUGCCUGGAUUUGAACACAAAUCAGUCGCGCAGGAGUCGCAAUCGGCAAUGUUCUUCCUUUCCAACUACCUGAACCUGCCUAAAACGGGCUACUUCGACGUCUCAAAUCAGUAUCCCCUGUUUCUGCAUACCUGGUCGCUGUCUGUGGAGAUUCAAUUUUAUCUGUUGGCACCAGCAAUAUUCGCGGUCUUUGGCAGUUUAGCCAAGAGAAGGGAGAUAUUUGGAUAUGGAUUUGCCAUGGUUUUAGCGGCAUGUUCAUUGGCGUCCCAAAUAUUGCUUGAUGAGAAAUGUGAGUAUUUCUAUUAAAGCGGUACGAUAUAAACCCAAAUUUUUACUGUCGCUCAAAUUAUGAAGUGUAUUUUAUCAACAUUCUCAAAAUCUGUAGAUCCCAACACUUCCCAUAUGGCCACUUUUUGUCGGCUAUGGCAAUUCUUCUGUGGCUUUGCCGCUUCUUCAUGCAAAGCAUACUCAACGGACACAACGGCCUCAAAACCGGCUACAAUCGAUGACUCUGCCGAUAAGGUACCACUUUUACACACAACAACUGCAAUUCAGGCAACCAACAACUGCGAGCCUGGACCCCUUACAGUUUCGAUCAUUCGGAACGUCAUAGUAAUUUUGUUAUGUCUGCAACUUUCAUUUGACAUCAUCCACAACCGCGAAUACACGCGUAUUUUUGCGACUCUUACGACGGGUCUGUUUUUAUGUUUCGAGGGUUCAUCGAUUCUAUCUUCCGAGUGUGUCGUGCGUAUCGGCGAUAUCUCAUACGCAAUCUACUUGAUUCAUUGGCCCGUUUUCACAUUAUUCAAAUAUGUAGGGCUGGGAAAGGAGGUCGAUGGAAUACUUUUUACAGGUGAGCAGCUAAAGCUUUGGAACUACCGGCCUCUGUCCGAAUCAUUUAUUCAGAAUACAAAAAAAAACAUUUUGGAGGAAAAUUUCUGGGAGAUUUAGGCAAAUUACACGCGCAGAACUUUCUGUAUAAGUCUGCCGGGAAAAUAAUGAGCGCUCUGUCGCAUCGAAAAUCGCAUCGCCGCCGGGAAAACAAAUUGUGUCGCGACAAAAUCCAAUUGCUUUUCACUUUCGUGACGUGAUCUCAGCAGCGACAUUGUGCACAUUAUUUUCCCGACAGACUGAUAAAUAUUGUACACAAAAUUGGAAACCAGCCCUGCGGCGAGCAUGACAAAAAUUCGCAAAAAAUAAAGCACUCCGUGAAAAAAUUAAUCACGCAAAGUAUUAUCUGCAGAUGGCUUCUUCUUGAUCUUCAUCACGGUCAUUGCUGCGUAUUUCGUCGAACACGUUUUCAAAUUUGUCUCCCUGCACGUUAAAGACUGGUCGACCCUGAUCCUCCUUCUAACAGCACUCUAUGCAAUUUCUGUUGGAACAACGGUUAUAAUGAAGAUGGUAUCAGACAUCCCUUCGCAGAUCGCAAGAACUGAUGGCUUAGAAUUUGAAAAAGUUGUUGAAAAUUUGUUUGCACAUCCGGAGCAGGCCACAAAAAAAGAAACCAAUGAGAUAUUGGAGAUUAAUGAUAAAAUGAGGGACUAUCAAUGGAGCCGCUUUGAUGUUUGUCACAAUAAAUCGAAAACAUUGGAUACACGUUACAAAUUUCGAAGGGAGAACAUUGAGCUUUAUUGCCAUGACAAGGUAUGGAUUUCAUCAAAAGCUUGUCAUUCAUUUUGCUGCCGCCGUUUUACAUAAUUUCAGGGCGCCGGAACAAAAGAAAUCGUCUUGAUUGGUAACAGUUUGGCCCGAGAUCUAUUUUAUUCCGUGAAAUCUUCAAUGAGCGAUGUUUACGGCCGAUUUACAAUGUUUGCAACUCGAGUUUGCAUGCCUUUUUUGCCGGAAUUGUUUGAGAAAAAGGAGUGCAAGGGCUUUGCCGAAGACAUUAUUCCAAUAUUGAAAGAGUGGAAAAAACCAAUCGAUAUUGUCAUCACAAUUCACUCGUAAGUGCAUAAUGUAUUAUUUACGUCUGAAUCGCGUCCUGAGAAAGGGUUUUUCUCAGGAUGCUUUUUUUGAUCUUCGGGUCAGCACAAAAUCGAUCGAGGAGUAGGCCAGGCGAACAAAACCCCAAAAAAAUUGUAGGAGGCACCUACAAGGCCUGGAAAAGCCGUUGCAUACUUGGGCAGGCUCGGCGGAGGCCCUUUCGAGUUCUUACAGUAUGACCACAUUUCCUGAUUUUAACUGCUAGUGAUCUCACUUAGCUCUCUUGACCCGUAUCGUGAGCGAUUGUAACAUAGAAAAAAACAAAAAUUCCACCGAAGGACGAACAUCCGUAAACUUUAACUGGAUAUAAUUGCAGUACUAUAUGCCUAAAAAUACGUGAUACACUGUCCUGGGAUCUGAUAUACCUUAUUAUUUCUAUAUAUUAAAUAAGCCUUCUCCUAACCUUCUCCAUGUAUGCAACGACAAAUUGAGGCAAUCCAAAGUAUCGUUGACCCAAAAAGCCGUAGCGCCGAUCUUUUUCUCUCGCAAAACAAAUUAACCAAAAUUUCAAAAAUUUUUAUUCGAUGGUCGCUUAGAUAAGACAUGAAGCAAUGCGCGAGAAGGAAAAAGGAACUUUACGGAGUAAUACGUAUAUAAGGUGACGUGAAGUUAAUCUCCACGUUCUUUCAGUUGGUACGAUCUCCGCGUCCAUGCGCUUUCCAAGGGCGACAAAUACCAGACGGCGAUUCAAGACUUCUACUCAGCCCUCAAUGAGAUUGCCCGAGAAGCGGUGAUUAUGAACAGGGGCGACAUAUACUGCGCGUCAAAAGUUUGGAACAGGCCAGAUCUUCUUUGCGGCUUGAGAUGGGAGUUUCAUUUCUUUUUUAUUAGAAGCUCCAUGUAUUAA